UAUUGUUUGCCGCCAUGGAUGCCGGCACAACAACAAUACUCAUCCAUGAUGGCCCAACCCCAGCACAAGAACGAGCAAUACUCAUCCACGACGUGCCGACGCAAGAAAUACUGGCCAUCGACGAGAGGAUCGCGACGACGACCGAGAGGCUCGAGGCCGAUUUCGAGAACGUGGAUACCAAGAUCCACAGGUUCCCCCGCGACCUCCGGGGGAUCGGCGGCGACAACGACCGCUACAUCGCACCGAGCGUGGUGGCCAUCGGCCCGUACCACCGCGGCUCGGCGCACCUGCAGAAGAUGGAGGAGGUCAAGCACGCGGCGGCCUACCACCUCUGUAGAGGAAAAGGACGCUCGACGAUGGAGGUCUACGAGAAGGUGCUCUCCGUCGUGGGCGCAGCUCGCGGCUGCUACGACGCCGACGACCCGUCGGUCGCGGGCGUCAGCGACGCCGACUUCGCGGCCAUGAUGUUCCUCGACGGCUGCUUCCUGCUGCAGUACAUGGUCGGUGACGCCGCACGAGUACCGAUGCUGCAGAACCGGAUGACGGGGCCCAGCGUCCAGAAGGACAUCUUCCUGCUCGAGAACCAGAUCCCGUGGCUGGUGCUCGAGGCCCUCACGGAGUUCAUGUCCGUCGAUGUGCACGGGUUUGUUGACAGGAUGGGAGACAAGUUCUUCCCAGGAAAGGCAAAGGCAACGAAUUGCUGGAGGCGGAUGCAACGGGGAUGCAUCCCGGCGCCGACGACGGGAACGGAUGAACGAGGCGGCGGCAGCAGCAGUUUUGAACAGUAUAAGCCGCCGCAUCUCCUUGGCCUCCUCCGGUUCAAACAGGUAGGCCGCAUGCCUGAACGCGAGGUGAACUACAAGGGCUUCCCGUUGUCGCUGUCCAGCAGCGCCGUGGAGCUCGCGCAGAUCGGCGUCAGGCUUACAAGGAGCACGCAGCCGUGGUUCGGGGACACGAGCGUCAGCCGGGGCCACCUGUUCGGCAAGCUGUCGCUGUCGCCGGUGUUCCUGAACGACGUCACCGCCUCCUGGCUCGUGAACAUGGCUGCGCUGGAGGCGAGCAUUGCCGCGAGCUUUGAGUCGGACGGCUUCGUAGUGAGCUCGUACCUGGCGGUGCUGGCGAUGCUCAUGGACCGGAAGGAGGACGUGCACAUGCUGCGGGAGAAGCGCGUGCUGCACGGCACCCUGAGCAACAAGCAGGCGCUCGGCUUCUUCAAGGACCUCGGCCAGAACCUGUGCUUCGGCCGCCGAUACUUCGCCACCUUGGAGCAGAUCGAGGCGUACAAGCGCAACAGGUGGGUCUGCAUCGUCCCAUACAAGUUCGUCUACAACAACUUCAAGGUCAUCGCCGCCGUCCUGUCCAUAACCGGCGUGCUCGUCGGCAUCUUUAAGACCCUUCUCUCACUCAAGCAUCGUUGGUAGAUAUAAUACUAUAUGAUUCGUAACUCGCCACUCAUGCACGUUUUUCUUCUUAUUUUUGUUUUAUCCAAGGUCACAUU